AUGGUGAUCAGUGAAGGGACUGUGAACUCACAGGAACAGGAAGACGCUGAAGAGAACGAUGAUGAAGAGGGAAUGGUGAUCAGUGAAGAGACUGAGAACACACUGGAAGACACUGAAGUGAACGAUGAUGAAGAGGGAAUGGUGAUCAGUGAAGGGACUGUGAACUCACAGGAACAGGAAGACGCUGAAGAGAACGAUGAUGAAGAGGGAAAGAUGAUCAGCGCAAUCACACAGGAAGGCACUGACGAGAUCGAUUAUGAAGGGCAAUUUACUGAGAACACACUGGAAGACACUGAAGUGAACGAUGAUGAAGAGGGAAUGGUGAUCAGUGAAGAGACUGAGAACACACUGGAAGACGCUGAAGAGAACGAUGAUGAAGAGGGAAUGGUGAUCAGUGAAGGGACUGUGAACUCACAGGAACAGGAAGACGCUGAAGAGAACGAUGAUGAAGAGGGAAUGGUGAUCAGUGAAGGGACUGAGAACACACUGGAAGACACUGAAGUGAACGAUGAUGAAGAGGGAAUGGUGAUCAGUGAAGGGACUGAGAACACACUGGAAGACACUGAAGAGAACGAUGAUGAAGAGGGAAUGGUGAUCAGUGAAGGGACUGCGAACUCACAGGACCAGGAAGACGCUGAAGAGAACGACGAUGAAGAGGGAAAGAUGAUCAGUGCAAUCACACAGGAAGGCACUGAAGAGAUCGAUUAUGAAGGGGUAGAGGCAAUCACUGAAUAG